AUGUCCCCUGGAACCCUACUCUGUCAGUUGUGCAAGAAGCUGAAGAAGGAAGGGCUCACAGAUGACGAAGUUGCACAUCUCAAGGGGACACUGAAACAGUGUUUUCAGUGUGGUAUCUGUGGAAUGAACAUAAGCGACCCAUGUGGAACGUGCAAGCGCAAAGGUUGGUGCAACAUCUCUACAUUGUGUAUCACCAGCAGUGAACUUACUCCUGUGAUGGUUAAACUUGCAGCACAUGACGAAAAUGGAAUCUCUGACCGAGAGGCUAUUUCUUCCCAGGCUCGUCGAUGCAAUGCAAUUGAAGGACGCCUGCAUCGACCACUCAGUCCAUCAACACCCAAGUCAAAGCUGAGCAAUUUGCAAGAGAACAAUGGAAAACCGGGUAGUGUUACCAUCUAUGUCGAGUGCUGCUUGAGUCACAAGCCUGGCUCUGUUGACCGUACUCUUGGCACAUAUUGUGCACCCUAUGCUGAGACAAUGACAUUCAUAGCCGAUGAGAAUGCCAUUUUGACAUCAUCAUUCCAGCAUGAUGCUGUAACUGGACAUCCUGCUUCAGUAUCUGUUUCCGACAAAAUAACAUUCCAACGAACCAUUUGUACGAUUGAUCAGGAUGGUAAUUACAUGCUCACUGAGCAGGGCACUACAGAGCAAGGCUUUCUCGCACGCAACACGCUGUUUCUCUCUGCAGCUGACCGUGGCAAGACCAAAGAUGUAUCUUUGUUGAUCAUCAAAAAUCAGGAAUAUGUGGCAAAGAAACUCUUUGAUGUGGGAAAAGGUCGCGGACAGCUCGCAAUACAGGAUGCCUGCCAAUUUCUCACCGCUGAUCUGAUCUGGCCCAAAAGGAAGGCAUCGACACUGCAGGUUUCUGAUGGCUUUAUUAUCAAGACCUACUCCGAUGCAGGCCAAGUUGUCAAUGUCGAAGUGGAGCUUCAGACUCCAAUUAGCGAAAAUAUCAUCCCUACACAUCAGCCAACUUCAAUUUAUCUAGUUGAGCCUCGCCGGGUUUCUUCUGCUGUUCUCACAUAUUUCGAGACUCUUGGAGUGCGCAACUGCACUGAUAAACAGUCCGCAACCAUCAUGGCUUUUAGCCAUUUGUCUUGGAGAGUUCUGCAUGCUGAGCUGUCUAUGGAUCAAUGGAAUGCACAAUCGCCUCACAGGAUCCACUACGGUGUUCUGGAACUGACAAAGUAUGGUGUAGGAGAUAAGGCUGAGCAGUGUUUGCGGGUUCCUGUUGUGAAGGACCAUUGGCUUCUUGGCUAUGUGCCUCUCCCCACCAGAUAUAGCUCGUCAUGGGUGUAUCUUUGCUAUUGUGUUGAGUACUGGCUCGCCAUAUGGAAAUGUCGGGAUGUUGAGUCAAAGAAGAAGCAGAGGAUGACAAAGAAGACAAAUAUAAAAGCCCAGGAGGAGAGAAAGGGUCUGAUUGACAUCGCUCGCAGGAAUGCAUCUGCACGUUUCCUUCAAGCUAUGGUUGCCAGAAGAACCGUUUUGGAAGAGUGCAUGGAUAAUGGUGUGAAUGAAGAGGAAGAGGCAUUGGCAAUGAGAGUUGAUGUUGCCUCCAUGGAUUGA